AAUGCAAGAUGAUAGGGUUUUAGAAAGAAGUCCAUAAGACUCACUUAGAAUUUCACAAAGAUCUUCUAUGUUAGAUAGAAAAUAUAGUGGACGGUUUACAUUCAAAAAAACUCAAGAGGAAGAAUAAUAAACUUAAAUUUAGAGCAAUAGAAAUCGAAUCAAACAACAGUUAAAAUGUAAAAUUUAACUAAUAUGUAUUUUAGGCUAAUUGAAUGCAAUAAUUAAUAAGCCAAUAUAGCCAUUAUAAAUGAGAGAAGAACAGUUAAUUGAAUUAGGUAAGAAAUUAGAUUUAGAAAUUACCUUAAUUGAUGUUGAAAAUAUUAUUCCAAAUACAAAAGAGUUUUUUGAAGAUUAUGAAAUUCAUGAGAGAUUAGGAGAAGGAUGUUUAGGAUUAGUGAAACGAAUAGUCUAAAAAAAUACAGGGUUAGAAUUUGCUGUUAAGAUAGUUGCUACUUAAGAUGAUGAAAUUGUACGCAAUGUAAAAAGACAAUAAUAAUACCUUUUAAGAUGAUUAUAGAAUUUAAGAGAUUAAUUCAAUUAUCACAUGAUAAUAUAGUUAAAGCCUACAAAAUGUACUUAGAUUUUGAUACUGGAUUUUAAUCUGAAAGUUAAGCAUUUGUAAUUAUGGAGUUGAUACAUGGCAAAGAGAUGUUUGAAGUUAUAAAUGAUGCUGGACAUUAUAGUGAAGAUGAUGCAAAAGAAUUAUUCAAAUAAUUACUAAGUGCCAUUGAAUAUAUGCAUCGUCAUGGCAUUUGUCAUAGAGAUUUAAAACCAAACAAUAUCUUAUGUCUUUAAGGUAAAUCAUUUAAAAUGAUCUUCUUCUAGAUAGAAAAUAAAUUAAAGUUACAGAUUUCAAUGUUAGUAAAUUUAGUGAUUCAUAUAAAUUAUUUGGAGACUUGAAAGAUACUGAAAAAAUAGAAAUGUGGACAUAUACUGGCACUGUGGCAUUUUCUGCACCAGAAAUAUUUACAGGAGAGGGUUAUAAGUAAUAAAUACUUUAAUGAUAUUUUGAAAGUUAAAUGGUUGAUAUGUGGAGUGCAGGUUGUAUUCUUUAUUCAAUGCUUUCUGGAUAAUUACCAUUUAAUGCAGAUUAGUAAUCCUAAUCAUUAUUAUCUUAGUUUGAAUGACCUUGUAGAAAAUAUUAAACAAGCCAAAUAUGAUUUCCCUGAAGAAAUCUUUUCAGAAGUUUCUGCUGAAGCCAAACAUUUAAUUUAAUAAUUAUUAAGAAAAGAUCCAUAAGAAAGACCAUAUCCAGAUAAUGCUCUAGGACAUCCUUGGUUUAGAGGAAAUGUAAUCAGAAAGACAUUAAGACAUUUGACUAUUAAUAAAAAUAUAAGUCAUCUUGCAUCCAGAAACUCAAAUAGAUAAAGAUAAAGAACAUUUCUAUUGAAAAAAGAUUGUUAUACAGGAUCUAGUGAUGGGGAAGAUUAUUAUGAUGUUAAAAUUAAAUCCACUAUUAGAAAAAGCUAAUUUUGUUCUAUUAAACCUAUGCAAGAAUAAUAGUUUGAUACAAACUAACUCAAAGUAACUAGUGGAUUAUUUCGUAAGUCUAAUACAACUUAGAUAGAAGAUUUUAAAUAUUAUGAUUAAUAGUGA